CCCUAGCUAGCCGACAUGUCAUCGAUUCCUCCCGUUGCUGCAGCAUGGUCGGUCGUACGUGUUGCUUUCCCAUUGGUCGGACAGCCUGCGCGGGCCACGCGACCCUUGGACGUAUCCUCCUCCCGGGAAUCCCUGCAGCGCAAGCAAACGCCCUCUAUAAAUCCUACCCCUCUCCCCGUGCUGUGCUUGACAAGAACCCAGCAAUCUAGAGAUAGAGAUCGAUCGAUGGCUAACGGCUAUUACUAUCAAAAUCCAAACGGUCCCUACGACUACUACUCUUCUUCCACCUCCUCCUCCUCCUCCUCCUGGCCGCCUCUGCCGCUGCAUCUCUGCCUCUUCCUGUUCACCCUCUUCGCGCUCAUAAGCUUGUCGUGGUACAUGGCGUACGAGUCGGUGCUGGAAAGCCUGUUAGAUCAGCUGCGGCUGGGGCUGAUGCUGUCUCCGCUGCUGCUGCUGCUGCUGGUGCACUUGCUUUCGAAUGACAAUCUCCGGCGGGUGUCCUUCUUUGUUCCCUUGCCGACGGAGCGGGAGUCUUUCCACCGGGCCGGCGGCUCCCCUUGGGGAGUCGCCCUCGUCUUGGUGCUCCUCAUAUUCAUGAUCUCCUACAAGUCCUACUUCCAGGACUGGUGGUUCCCUCUCCUCAGUCGAUAGGCACAAAAGUAAUAACUAAUUAAUUCAUCCGGCCCGCAGCUAUGACUGCGACUCUUGUACCUGCAGCUAGAGCUUCAGCGUGUUUAAUAAGCUAGCAGCUACUGUAGUAGAUCUGUCUCCGUGAAGCUACAGUACCAAGCACUGAACAUUUAUAUAUAUAGUUUUAUGUGGUGUUCAGGCGAAGAGCAGGGGAAUAAGUUCAGUGAGAUCGAGUGAGGAGUAAAAUUUGAAAAUUUCAAUGUAAAAUCAAUAAUUAUAUUAUUAAAAAUAAAACAAAUUAAAGAGUGUUUUCCCCCUUUAUCAGAUCAAAGGCCCGCAUCUUAAUUUAUCA